GUGACAUGCUUGCAAGACUUCUUUGGAGAUGAUGAUGUCUUCAUUGCAUGUGGGCCUGAGAAAUACCGAUAUGCUCAGGAUGACUUCGUGUUGGAUCACAGCGAAUGCCGUGUUAUGAAGUCCUCUUAUUCCCGAUCAUCUGGCAUGAGGCAAACUGGGUCCAAAAGUCCAGGACCUUCACGUCGAAGCAAAUCACCUGCCUCAGUAAAGAGGGGUGGCCACUACUCCAGUGCUUACUCUUCAGCAAAAUCCCCAGUUAAUGGAACCCCAAGCAGUCAAUUAUCCACCCCAAAAUCUACAAAGUCCUCCAGUUCUUCACCAACAAGCCCAGGCAGCUUUCGUGGACUCAAGAUACCUCCACAUGGUGGAUCUUCUUCCAAUGUGAAUGGUGUACCUGAAUCACUCAAUUGCCAGAGUCCCGAAGGUGUGAAUGGAAACAAGUGCCUAGGGUCAUCUACCAUUCUUGAGAAGUAUAAAGUGGGGAAGGUGAUUGGUGAUGGCAAUUUUGCUGUUGUAAAGGAGUGCGUAGAACGAUCCACGGGAAAGGAGUUUGCACUGAAGAUCAUAGACAAGGCUAAAUGCUGUGGAAAGGAACACCUGAUUGAAAAUGAAGUGUCUAUUCUGCGUCGAGUGAAGCAUCCAAAUAUCAUUAUGCUUAUAGAGGAAAUGGACACCCCAGCAGAACUCUAUCUGGUGAUGGAGCUAGUCAAGGGAGGAGAUCUAUUUGAUGCUAUCACUUCUUCUACAAAAUAUACAGAGCGAGAUGGGAGUGCAAUGGUCUACAAUCUAGCCAGUGCACUGAAAUACCUUCAUGGUCUCAACAUUGUGCACAGAGACAUCAAGCCAGAAAAUCUCCUGGUAUGUGAAUAUCCAGAUGGAACCAAGUCUUUGAAGCUAGGAGACUUUGGACUGGCAACUGUGGUUGAAGGACCUUUAUAUACCGUCUGUGGUACACCCACAUAUGUGGCUCCAGAAAUCAUUGCAGAGACAGGAUAUGGCUUAAAAGUGGAUAUUUGGGCUGCAGGUGUGAUCACAUACAUAUUGUUAUGUGGAUUUCCACCUUUUCGCAGUGAAAACAACCUCCAGGAAGACCUCUUUGAUCAGAUACUUGUUGGGAAGCUGGAAUUUCCCUCUCCCUACUGGGAUAACAUCACUGAUUCAGCAAAGGAGCUAAUUAGCCUGAUGUUACAUGUGAAUGCUGAAGCCCGAUAUACAGCAGCACAGAUCUUAAGCCAUCCCUGGGUGUCAGAUGAUGCUUCCCAGGAGAAUAAUAUGCAAGCUGAAGUAACAGGUAAACUGAAGCAGCACUUUAAUAACACCCUACCCAAGCAAAAUAACACAUCUGCUGGGGUUUCUGUCAUCAUGAACACAGCUCUAGAUAAAGAGAGUCAGAUUUUCUGCAGCAAGCGCUGUCAGGACUCUGGUAGAGCUGGAAUGGAGAAAAUUUCUGCAAUUGUUGCUGCAGCUGAUGAUCCUCGUGUGGCUGGGUCCAAGACCCUCUUCCCUGCUGCUUCUGAGCCACUCAGAUCCCCCACGGUCCCUGCCUCAGUAUCUCCUGAGUUUGCUGGGGAUCAGCCUGGUGCAUAGGACUGAUGAAACCAAAUCCAACUGAAGCUCCCUGCACUCUUGCCACAAUUUGUCUUCAUUUCACACACCAGUUUGUUUGCAGUUUGCGUGCACCCUCUCGUGACGAGCCCAAGGCAGGCUCUGUCAUGGGAGACUGAUCUUCUAAUAGUGGGCGAGCGAAUGUGCGCUUUGAGUGCUCUUGGCCCUUGUCUUGAGAACAGCAGUAGGGGAAAGAUUCUGGCAAUAUGUUAGAUGAUUUUUAAGUUAUCUGUGUUAGUUUAAUUAACUGCAUUUCACACAGCCUUGGGCUCUAAAUAGACUAACUCUGGUGUAGCUAACCAUAUUUUUAUAUGAGCAGUGAGACAAUGAACAGUUACCUGGCCUCACCUCUAUAAGCAGGCCCUGUUCUGUUCUGAUGAGG